AUGCACUUAAGCGAAAAUGAAGGCAUAGAAGGCAACACUUUUGUGGUGACGGGUGGGUUGGGGUUUGUGGGCUCCGCACUCUGCUUGGAGCUGCUUCGAAGAGGGGCUCAUCAAGUCCGAGCCUUUGACCUCCGAACGACCUCCCCUUGGUCCGCCAAUCUCCGCCAACACGGCGUCCACUGCGUCCAAGGCGAUGUUACCCAUAAAAAAGAUGUUGAAAAGGCUCUGCGCGGAGCAGACUGUGUGUUCCACCUUGCUUCAUAUGGCAUGUCAGGAAAAGAAAUGCUGCAGUUUGGUCGUGUUGAUGAGGUCAAUAUAAAUGGAACCUGUCAUAUAUUAGACGCUUGUCUCGAGUUUGGGAUCCAAAGGCUUGUGUAUGUGAGCACAUACAAUGUUGUGUUUGGGGGAGAGGAGAUUGUCAAUGGGAAUGAGGCCUUGCGCUACUUCCCCAUUGAUAACCAUGUCGACCCGUAUGGCCGUAGUAAAUCAAUUGCCGAGCAGUUGGUCCUCAAGUACAAUGCUCGUCCCUUCAGGAAGAAGAGUGGGAAGUGCCUUUACACCUGUGCAGUUCGUCCAGCUGCUAUCUAUGGUCCGGGUGAAGAAAGGCACCUUCCAAGGAUAGUGUCUCUGGCAAAGUUAGGCCUAGUUCCAUUCAAAAUUGGCGAAGCAAAUGUGAAAUCAGAUUGGAUUUAUGUCGAUAACCUAGUACUUGCACUGGUAAUGGCAAGCAUGGGACUUUUGGAUGACAUUCCUGGGAGAGAUAAAGAAAGGCAUCCCAUAGCUGCUGGUCAGCCAUAUUUUGUAUCCGAUGGGUCUCCAGUCAACACCUUUGAGUUCAUCCGACCUCUGCUGAGAAGCUUGGAUUAUGACCUACCAAAGGCCUCCUUGUCUGUACCUCGCGCUCUUUCUUUAGGAAAGGUUUUUUGGGCAGUCUAUACUAUCUUGUAUCCAUGGUUAAAUCGAUGGUGGCUUCCUCAGCCAUUGAUCCUUCCUGCUGAAGUAUACAAGGUUGGUGUUACCCAUUACUUCUCUUUCCUUAAAGCAAAGGAGGAGCUUGGCUAUGUCCCAAUGGUGACUCCUCGAGAGGGAAUGGCUGCUACGAUCUCAUACUGGCAGGAGAGGAAAAGGAAAACUCUGGAUGGGCCUACAAUAUAUGCAUGGCUAUUUUGUGUGCUUGGAAUGGCCACACUAUUCUGUGCUGCUUAUCUGCCAGACAUUGGACCUGUGCCACUCUUCAAAGCUAUUAGCCUCUUCUUUCUCCGGUCAAUGAGAGUAGUUAGGACGACGUUUCUCCUAGCUGCAGCAGUACAUAUUGGAGAGGCUGUAUACGCGUGGAAGCUGGCAAAAAGGGUGGACCCUGCUAACUCAAGAGGAUGGUUUUGGCAGACCUUUGCUCUUGGGUUUUUUUCAUUACGUUUUCUGCUGAAGAGAGCACGGAAGGCAAGAGCUCCUCGUCACUAA